AACGGAACUUUUCGUCCGCCGGUGGCUCGCUUCUCGAAACUUUUGCAUCAUAUCCAGGGAGGCCCAAAAACGUCAAUGGGUCGAGUAAGCCCCGCGUGUUUCCCCAACCAGCAUGGCCCUGUUGGGUUGUUGAACUUCGCGGAUUAUCGAGACCGGUUUGUAAAAACCAAGCGACGAAAUGAGGAUAAUAAAAGUCUUUUUGAAUGAAGGAAGUGAAAUAUUGUCACGUAAUUCUCAAGCGAUCUCCAAGGACAAAUUCUAUUAAGAAAUUGAUGGCCACGAAUAGUAAUUUGGUGAUCGCGUCGGAAUCGAAUUUUUGUAGAGGGCGGACGAAGGACGAUAUAGCGCUAAACGAGGGUUCGAUUUCGAUCAUUUUUUCAACAUAGAACAUUUUUUUCAUUGAAAUUGAGAGAGAAAUCGAUGAUUGCCGAGGCUCGAGUAGAGGUUAGAAUCCCUCAAUUUUGAUGUUACGAGAUUUUUUUUAUUCAGAAAAAGCAGAAAAAUGGAAAAUAUUCCUCGACAAUCUCGAUUCCGUGCAGUAUUCGGCCAAGCAUUUGUUCACUUUUUGAGGAAUUUUAUAAAAAUAGAUUUUUUAAAGAUUUUUUGAGCCUCGCGUCUUCUUUGCGAUCGAUUUACUCGGAGGUUAGUAUUUCGGGGAAAAAUCCAUGUUUUGCGGCACGAGUAUUUCAGAACAGUGAGAAAAAACGAGAAAACUAACAGGUCGAACGAGUCGCGUUGGUGUUUACGUUCACAACGAAGAUUUCAAAUUUCAAGGUUCGAGCAACGCUGAGGUCUCGUCGAAAAAAUAUCCCGCUCGCGAGUUCAUCAAGGCUCGAGCGACAAACGGUUAAUCAGGUUUUUCCAAUGACGCUGUCUAAUCCUGAAGCGAAUCUCGAACCCGGAAAUUUUGGGUCUCAUAUAUAUAGACGGGCCCGGGGGACCGAAAUCUCAGAUAAAAUUUAACGCAGUUCAGAAUAAAACGUCUAGUCGCGACGUAGAUUUCUCGUUAGCGCUUCUACCAAAUUUUUCGUUAUUACAAAAAUCGACGGCAAAAAUGAAACUGACGAUUCUGCUGAUCGCUGUCCUCGUAUCCGCGGCCCUUGCACUUCCAGCUCCACGUCUCAAAGGCAAAAUCAAAGAGCCCGAAGCGAACGUGAUCAGAAAACCCAGAAACGUUGGGCUUGGAUUGGGCCUUUCUGCCGGAUUCGAUACGUUUGGCGAUUACGGAAGUUACGGGGGAUAUUAUUCCCCGUACCUGUAUGGUCGACCCUACGGUGGGCUCUACCCUGGGCCCUACGUUCGACCUUACCCUCCACCCUUUUAUGGAGGUUAUGAGAAUGUACACGGUGGAGUUCAUGGAGGAAUAGGAUUCGAUUUCGGCGCCAAUGUCGGCGUUGAUUAUGGAAGAUACGGAGGGAACUAUUGGGAUCAUCUCUGGUGAUAAGGUUAUGUUGUCACUGAGGCCGGAAGGGCUGCUGCACCGGCGCUGGAAGGGACGUGAAUUGACUGAUUUUAUUAAUCGCGAGGGCGGCUGUUGAUAGUUGUUGAUAGAAAAAAUAAUGCAAAAUAAAUAAUUUACGAUACGAGAUUAUUGUUGCUGCGUGAUUUUUUGUUCUGUCGCGUUAUAUCGAAGAUUAUUGCGUGAUCAAAUUGUGCCUCGUUCGCAUUCUUUUCGGAGAUUUUGUUUAAAAAUCCUGAGGGGGAAAAUCGAUGUUUAUGUUUUGUCUUUUUGGAGAAUUCGUGCUCGAGAAACACUUGGAAUGGAUUAUAUAUCGACGAUGAAAUCUGUUUUGGUUUUACACAACGUUUCAAAUCUGGACAUUGAAAAUUAAUGUCAGCGAAAUCUGAUCGCGCUCCGUUUUUUUUCGAUGUCACACUGCCUUGACGUGACAUUUUACAUGGAAUUCAGAUCUGGGACAGCGAUUAUAACUGCAAUGAAAUCGAGAAACACAUUUUUUAUCUUCCCACAGACCAAAAGUUACGAGGUUUUGCUAAUUUUAUUAGGAACGAUUUUCAUUUUUCUAUGAGAAUUUUUUUGCCACUCCUAAUUUUUCGAACAAAUCCUAACCUUGUUUGCAUUAAAAAUACAGAAAGUAUCGGGAAGCUCUGAUGAAAGUUUUAAUCUCGAGUGGCCAAGUGAGACCAAAAGAGUCCCGAAUUAUAGUUUUUCCCUUCGCUCGGUUUGAACCCUGACAGUAAAAAAACUUGGUCUCACUUGUUCGUUUGAGUCUCGAGUCCCAAUUUUCUACGCUGAUCCAUUUAGCUUCAAAGUUCCAAUAGUUUUUAUUAUCGAGGAAACCAAAAGAAUCUUGGAAAAACCAUCUUUGAAUCAAGAAAGACCGAGUGAUCCCAAUUCGAACCUAAUUUCCUUGUUUGACGAACUGCUCACUUGAUAUUCUAACCAAAACACUUUGAAUUUUUUCAAUUCUCCUUCACAUCGUAUUGUUAUUUAUUGUAUUGAAAAAGACAGUGCCGAAUCAUAUUGAAUUUGGAGAAAAUACACUGGAAGAAAAAAUGAGGGACCGACAUCCGACAGCACUAAAUUCAGAUAGCGAGAGAAAAUUUCAUUGUUUCAAGUAAAUCAAAUUAAAGUCAAUAAUAAUUGUUAUAAUUUUUAUUGUUUAUUAAUAAAAAUCCAUUGGUGAGAACAGUAGAAACUUCUAUGUACUUCUGCAAACUUGUUGAGGUUGACCGGAGACUGUCAUCGCGACACUUGGCAGAUUAAUAGCAAGAAAUCUUGUCAAAAUCUUUUUAUGAAAAAGUUGGAAUUUAGACUAUUUUUUUAUUGCUAAGAUGUUUAUACAACGAUUGAACACUUGCGGUGCACAUUUUUUGGAGUUUUGAUAAAGAUGAAAGAAUAAGCUGAGAAAUCGAGGGCAAAAACAUCACGAUAACGUAAAAGUGGAUUUUGUUGACAGCGUUGAGGCACGAAGGCGUUGGAUAAUCUAUGAAAUGGUUGAUACGAUAACGAAAAGUUGGUUGAUCGCUUUCGUAUAUAAAGGUAGGAUUUUUCAUUUUGCGGUACACAAAGUUUCUUCCUUCUUUCAUCGAAGAAGAAAAUCUGAAGUGAGAGUAAAAUUACCAAUCGCAAGAUGUCGAUUAAGGUAUUUGUCUUUUUCGUCAUCAUGACGCUCGCUGCUGCCGCUACGGAGGUUCAGAAGGAUGAGCAAACUGCUGGAACCGAAACACCGUCAAGGGAAACAAAGCUGAGAAAAUCUCGGAGCUACGGUCCUGAAUUUGGUGUCGAAUUUGGUGUUGGGGUUGCUCCUGGCACAGUCGGAUUCAUUCCUCCUGGUAUCGAUUCUCCUCCGCCUCCUCCACAAGUGAUAAUCGCUCCUCCUCCUCCACCUCCCCAGGUCAUAAUCUCUCCUCCUUAUAUCAAUCCUGUCCCCCCGGUGAGAAUCGCUCCACCAUUUAUCAAUCCUGGCCCCCGGGUGAGAAUUCCUCCUCCCAUUAGAUUCCCUCCUUCGAUCAGGAUCCCUGCUCCUCCCGUCGGACUGCCUCCUUCCAUCAGGAUCCCUGCUCCUCCCGUCGGACUGCCUCCUUCCAUCAGGAUCCCUGCUCCUCCCGUCGGACUGCCUCCUUCCAUUAGGAUCCCUGCUCCUCCCGUCGGACUGCCUUCUUCCAUCAGAUUCCCUGCUCCUCCGGUCAGAUUGCCUCCUUCCAUCAGAAUCCUUCCUCCUACGAUCAGAAUUGUUGGUGCUCCCAUUGGAGUGGCUCCUUUCCCUGGAUUUGGACAGCGUAGUAGUAGUUGGGAGUACAGUGGCCCAGGUUUGGCAGAAGGCGGUGGAGUUAUUCAAGCGCCGAGUAGUAGCUGGCAACAGAGUGGCCCAGGUUGGGCAGAAGGCGGUGGAGUUAUUCAAGCGCCGAGUAGUAGCUGGCAACAGAGUGGCCCAGAUUUGGCAGAAGACGGUGGAGUUAUUCAAGCGCCGAGUAGUAGCUGGCAACAGAGUGGUCCAGUUUGGGCAGAAGAAUGUGGAGUUAUUUAAGCGCCAAGUAGUAGCUAGUAAGAGUUGCCUAGAUUAGGCGGAAGGUGGUGGAGUUAUUCAAUGAUCCCCAAAUUCAGUGUUUUACUAUCUAUACUUUGUUUUUAUUAUUUAUUUUACUAUCUACUUUGUUAAAGUUGCAUGAAUAGUUAUUCAAUUGGCUGGCUCAGGCAUGUUUUCUAAGAUUUAUUAACUGAAGUAAUUCAAGUAUCGAGAAUGUAUAAUAUAUAAGAAAUUUUAGUCACUUCGUCAACCAGAACUUCGAUAGCUCUUAUUUAGUUUAGACAAUGAAUAAUAAAAAAAUUAUUUGUUCUAUUCA